AUGAAAUAUUUUCUAUCGACUAGUCUUGAUCGAGAAAUGGGAUUUUAUUAUUUGGGCGGCUGUGAUGAUCCUCAUGAACCAUCACUGAUUCCAGUUCUCAUUGAAAUUCAUCUUGAGAAAAAAAUUUGUUCAAGUAAUUGUGUAAAGCCAUUUGCUAAUAUAACUGAACAAAGUUAUUUUGCUGAAGCAGAAAAAGAAGUUCUAUUCAUGGUUAGUACCUAUUUUCAAGUAGAUGAUGUACGUCGUGGAGAUGAAGGCACAUGGCAUAUUCGUUUAGGGAUAGAGUAG